AAAAUUCUCAUUAUCAAAAUGAAGAAAGCAGGUAAAACAUGGUUUCGAGCUUGGUGUUCUUUUUUCUUUGUAUGCUGCUUUAGCACCACCGAGACCAAAACCAGAACCAGAACUAGAAAUGGAAGAAAACAGCGAAAGAUCAAAGAGACUGAAUUUAUCGAAUUGACUGACCUUGGGAAAAACACUUCAUUCAAUGGAUCAUGCAAACUAUCUAGCACAACAAAGAAUGAAUCACCUGAGACAUUCAAAAAGGACACUCCAACAAGCAGCAAGACCUCAAAUAAUACCUUGAACAAAGAGUCACCUGGUCACCUUUCUGUUGAGGACUGUAAGGCCCAGCCUUUUUACCCGACCAACCCUUCUCCGCAAAAGGAGAGUCCACUUAUUCUCCAGUUUGGUCCAUUGCUAGAUUACACAGCUGACCAUUGGCCAUACUUCCCUCCAAACCUCCUGCCCUCACCACCCCUGGAGCAAAACACAACCAUGACAGAGGAGAUCUUUGGUGAUCUCACCCUGCUCAAGCCUGGUCAGUCCAUGGGAGAUGCCUGGAACACUUCAGACAUUAGAGCGGAAGAACCUUGUCGUCUUGAGGUUAUGAAGAACCAGACAGGCCUGUGGGGCAGCAGUGUGCAACGCCAGCCUCAGCAGACUUCACCAGGCAAUCACCUCAGCCACGCCCUGGGCCAGUAUCUGGACUCCACCACCAUACCGAUGACCUCUGACCUCCAGAAACUGGGCCUGACCUCUGAUUUCAUGAAGGUGCCUGAGGAGAUGCUGUUUAUAGAGGUGUGGGACCUCGGGGAGGGCGCAGGGGACCAUCGCUAUAAGGCCAAGUGGGCAAUUACCGAGGAGCACGGCAUUGUGCUAGACCAGGGCACCUGGCUGCAGAAUGAUGACAACUGGUGAAACCACACAUGAAAGAUGUUGGUGAACAAUUAUCUUCACCUCACGAUUCAUAAGUGUGAAAACAUUAAAAUACUUUAU